CGAUAUCAUGUCAGGAAAGGCACCCGUACCCAAGAAGGGCUCUAAGAAAGCCGCUUCAAAAACUAACGCCAAGGGAGGCAAGAAGAGGAGGAGGACCAGGAAGGAGAGCUAUGCCAUCUACGUGUACAAAGUCCUGAAGCAGGUUCACCCCGACACCGGCAUCUCCUCCAAGGCGAUGGUCGUCAUGAACUCUUUCGUGAGUGACAUCUUUGAGCGCAUCGCCACUGAGGCUUCACGUCUGGCUCAUUACAACAAGCGCUCCACCAUCACCUCCAGGGAGAUCCAGACCGCCGUCCGCCUGCUGCUGCCCGGCGAGCUGGCCAAGCACGCCGUGUCUGAGGGAACCAAGGCUGUGACCAAGUACACCAGCUCCAAGUAAACUGCUUGGCUGCUUAAACCCCCAAACCAAAGGCUCUUUUAAGAGCCAC